GAAAGCCCGUCUGAGUCUGAGAACGAGGGGGACACCCACUUGGCGCUCUCAGCUGCCAGCGCCUUGAUUCAUGACAAUGAGGUGCUCGCAGAGCAGCUCGGCGCCUCGGAUGCGGCGCUCUCGGCGGUGCUCGCCGAGGUCCAGAGCCUACGCGCCCAGGCAGCACAGCUCCCCAUGGCUCAGAAUCAGACCAAGCAGCUCAUUGCCUGCCUCUCCGAUGCUUCCGAGCAGCGGGAGGAACUGCUACGGCAGCGGGCGCGCAAAAGCACAAGGAUUGCAGAACUGGUGUCCAUCAUGCACGACUCCUUGGAAUGUUUCGCAGAUCUGCAGCGAGAAGCUUUGGUGGAGGCCAUGGCCACGGAAAAUCAUGCGCUCUGGCGCAUGGUCAAGAUGGCUCAGACGGCAGCCAGCACACCGGUCCGCCCUCCCCCAGUGAUUCGAUGGCCCUUCAUCUCCCGGAGAACGGGGCGGGAGGAGGUAUGUCGGCGGCCGCCGAAAGAGGAGGUGCCCCGCAAUGCUCAGAGUGCCCCACGCGCUGGCGCUGAGCAAGAGCCAGCAGCACCAGCAGUGCCAGCAGCGCCCGUGUUGAAAAUGACGCCCAGCGAAGGUGGGGCAGCGCUGGAGAAGAGUGAAAGGCUUCAAACUGCUCUACUCGCAGCAGAGGAUCUAGAUGAUUCAGACGCAGGUGCUUCUGUGUCCACAGUUGAGGAGCCAGAGAAGCCGACGCAAAUCAUCGAUGAGACCGUGGUGGAAGCGUGGGGCGAUCCAAGUCCGCUGAUCUUCAAAUCAGGUGCUCCACAGGUGUUGACCUUUGCGGAUCGCUUCGGGGCCAUGGGGCCUCUGAUGUGUCACGUGGCGCGGAGCGUGGAGAUGGCCGGCGGCUUCCUGCGGAUCUUGGGCUUGCAAAAGGGCCGCCGAAUCCAGCUGCCCAACAAACAUCUGCACCGGAACAGCUCUCUGGAUGUCUUCUUGAAGAAGUAUGUGCUCUUGUCGCGCUCCUUGCAGAAGAUGCCGCCCAAUACCACCGUGCUCUUCGUCGAUGCCUUCGACGUGCUCUUUCAGCGUUCGAUCCGCGACGUGGUCCACACCUACGAGCGCCUGGCCAAAAGCGCGGCGCAGGCCCAUGGCGUUUGGCCGGUCGUCUUCGGGGGGGAGAUGAAUUGCUGGCCCUGGCCACACAACGGCAGCUUCCACCUGCCGCGCCGCCGCCGGCAUCGCCAGCAGCCCAUUCCGCGCGGCAACCGCAACGGCACCUGGCAUUUCCACAUUCCCCGCGGUGCCGCCCUGGCGGCCGACUACCACGAGGAGUGGCGGUAUCCGUACCCGCGGAGCGGUCGAGGCUCGAUCACGUCCAGCGAGGUCUGUCGGGAAUGGUUGCUGCAACGUGGUGAUCCUCAGUGGUCCGGCCAGGGUCGCGGGGCGAGGGCGCCCGUCUUCCCGUUUCUCAACUCGGGCACCUUCGUCGGCCGCGCCGCGUCCAUUCUGCGCCUCAUUCGGAUCAUGGUGCGGCUCUAUCGGCGGACGGGGGAGAUGGAUGACCAAGCUCUUCUGGUGCAACACGGUGGUCUUGUUUAG